UUACGCAUUGCUAACAUCUCUGUCUCUCUGCCUCUAAAUCUCUCCACCUGUCACUCUUCUUCUCGUCACCCUCUGCUGACUUUCCCACCAUCCGGGAAUCCCGCAGCUUUGAAGCAGGCAGGAAGUGAAGGUGAGCUGUGUCAGGCAGACAGUCUGGGUUCAGCCGGCAGCAGCAGCACGCUCGCAUCCUCCGUCAUCGAGGUGGAGGCUGAACGGGCUGAACUGGGCCUGACGCCACAGCUACGACCCAACCAGGAGGAAGAGGAGGAUGAAGAGGAGUUGAUCCCACUUAGCCCUCCUCCCACUCUGUCCAUCACCGAGGAGAUCCUGGAGUUCAUCAACCAGAGCAGAGCCAGGGAGGGUCUCACCUCCAUUCGUACUGAUUCAACGGAACAAGUCCUGGAUCAGCCCAAAGACAGUCAGCCUCCACCUAACCAGACCAACUUCACCUGCCCGCUACCCCCAGUCGCUUGCCCCUCCAGCCCAGAACAAAUACCCACAAUGCACCAGGAGCAGGAAAGAGCGGAGAUGGAGGAUGACAGCACCCUCCAAAGUCAGACUGGUGGCACUGGCAAGGAAAAUGGACUUGAAAAUGACACAAGAGUAAAUGAAGUCAAAGAAAUUUCAGAUGCAACAAGUCAAGUGGAAAAGAGGGUGGAAGCAGGUGGAGAAACACAAGGAGAGAGGGUAGUAAAUGAGAAAGAGGAGAAAAAAACAAGGGAUGAAGGAGAGGUGUUGAGCGUCAUCCCUGCUCCAAACUCAGAUCUUCAUCACAAUUUCCCAGCAGAGGAAGAAAGAGAGAACAUCAGCAGUUGUAAUUUACCCAGGGAAGAGAUGAACGCAGAGGCCACCACUCCCUCUCCAAAUCCAGAUCUCCCUCAUCACCCCAUCCAGAGACGACAUCCACCCACAAGAGGCUCCCACCUCACCAAACGUGACAAGAAAAUUAUCGAAAAGAUCAGGAGUUAUUACGAGGCGGCUGCUGAGGCCGAAGAGGAUGAGGCAGAGGAGGAAGAUGAAGAGGGAGAAGGAGGGGCAUCAAGAAGGCGAAACAGUUUCUCACAGAUCCCAUCCGGCUUGGUGAAGGAGUCUGUGUCACGCUUUGAUGUCAGCGGCCACCAGGGGGAGACAGAGACCGGGCAAUGCAAGUAUGAAGCCAGUGAAUCAAUCCAUAGAGAGACUGAACGAGAGACAGAGCCCUCUUCCCUGAUCUCUUCCCCAACUUCACUCUCAGCAGAUCCAGAAAAUGAUAGACAAGCAGAUGAACCAAUCAGCUCCCAGGAUAUUGAUGCACAAGGUCUAAUCAAGACACCAAACUCUUCAGUGAUGCAGGACAAGGAGACCCCAGACCAAGUGGGUCUGAAUCUGCAGUCGAACCAAAACAAACCUGUUGGAGAAGAGUCUGAGAUAAAGGACAAAAAUGGAAAGGUCUGCAAAGGACCAUUGGAGGAAGAACUGGAGGAAAGGCAGGAGGGUAAGACAGGUGUUGUGACUGCUGGGGAGCAAGGAGACAGCCCACCUGUUACCAAACAUCUCAGGUGCAGAGAUGAAACAACCAAAACCAGUGCUGGAAACCAAGCUGUUAUGAAUGGUUAUGAACUUAACCAAGCAGCCCUAGCAGAACCAAAGGGAAGCCACAAACAACCCUCUUCACCUCUGUCACUUACACAACAAUGUCAAAAAACUGAGGCCAAAACUCAGUCCACUUGGACCAGAACCAAACAGAGGGACUUGGCCAAGACCAUCGGGAACCUUGAGGGUCUUCCCAGUCAGAUAAAAGUAGGUCGAUGGUCCCGCCACUCCAGGAUUGUCACUGCCAACCGGGCCUUGUUUGAGGGCAUGGGGUCAGACGUAGCCGGUAUUGGGUUAUUUGAAUCCAGCCCUGUGGUGGACCCGAUGUUGAUGGAGAACUCAGAGCGUAUUCUGAGCAAGGUCCAAACACUGGCCAGGAUGUACAGUGCCAAAGCCAGCAUCAUGAAGGUCCCACUACAUCAGAAACGGGUCCAGUGCUGUACGAAACCAAUCGUGGGGCUCAGGUAGACUCCUGGACACUCAACUCAGACCCAAACUAAAAGCCAGACACUGAUUCAGACUCAAAAACAGCCCCCGGCUAAACAGUGGCAGCAAAAACAAUCCGAAACGGAAGUUAAUCAGUUGGAUAAUAAUCGGAUAAACACAGAAGCCAAAAGUGCAACCCUAAGUUACUCUGAGACCAAAGUUCAGAGCCAAGCCAUAACACAAACCAGGCAGCAAUUGCAGGUCCAAAAUAAAACCCAGAUCUGGAGUCACACACAGAUGCAUCACCAAAACCAGAACAAGAACCAGACCACGACCUGGGAAGACAAGAGGAUCCAGGACGAGAGGAUAAAGAGAGCAGAGAGCUUGACAAAUGACUUCCAGGGGACCAUAACAACCGCCUGUGAGCCUCUGCUGUUUGGUCAUGUGUUUGUCAGAGAACAGCUGUCCUCAGCCUGUCACCACCAGACGAAUGAAUUCACUCUUUCCAGGCCCAGGGACUUCAUCUCUGCUUUGACCAAAGACAGAGACUCCAGUGUGGUCUGUAGAUCAAGUGACAACUCCCAGACUUCCACCACCCCUGGCGAAAACCCAUCGGCUUCACUCAGAGAUCAGUCGUUCGGUCAGAUUCAGGCCAACAGCUACAACCCAGAGUACGCAUCCAAACAUUACCCCAGUGCACAACCUGAAGAUCAGAACUCUAGUUUAUGCUGCUCUGCCACUAACAACCCCAUCACUUCAAACAUGAACUUGGACUGUAGAGCCACUGAGUUCAGGAACCUCUCCUCUACCUCUUCAUCUGGGAGAGGAGAAGCCCUGAAUCAAAACAGAGAGGUUUACACAGAUACCAAAGAACCAGAGAAAAGAGAAGGGUCAGAGCCAAGUGCUGGACCUCCUAUUUACUCAGCCGGCGAAGAAUCAGCAUCGGUAAACGUCAUUGUCCAGCCAGCAGACAAACACAGACAUUUGGAGAACAAAGACAUGCAGAGUGUUCGUGCAGAGCCUGAAUAUUCACUUUGCACAGAAACCAUGGAUGGAGAGGCUUCCCCAGAAGAGCUGGUGCUGAUUGUAGCAUGUACUCAGAGCCAGUCUCCAACAGAGUACCACAGUCCCAUGGUGCCUCACCCAGGGGAGCAGGCCCACCUGGAGGAGGGAGUCUCCAGAGAGCCAAAUAAAGAGGAGCCCCAAAGCGAUCAGAUUAAUUUAAGUGAGACAAAGUGUGAUUCAGACAAUUCUUCAUCACAAACCAGGAUGUUUCUACAAGGUUCUGCAGUGAUCUUUUCAGAGGAGGCACCUUACCUUAAAUCCUCAAGAGAGCAGGUUAUUCAAGCACCCCUGAGUCCGCCUUUGCACUUGACCUUUGACACCUCUCAGGUUUCUAGCCAUGCAAUUUCAGAAACCCUGGAUGAUCACAAAGCAAGAGAAGGGGCAGCACUCAGUCCAUGGUCAUCAGAACCAAAUCCCACCCAACAAUGCUCUCCAUCAGUGCAGUCUGUAGACUGUCUGCCAACAUUCACCAGCCAGAGGCCACCAGACCUACCCUCUACUAUGGGUAAAUGGGCUCUGUCUAACACCUGGAAUGUCAGUAACACCACUCCAUACGAAUAUAGAGAACAAGACCAGCAGGAUUCAGGAUCCCUCAACCGCCGCAGUCCAGCAACUGCCACCCACAGCCAGGACACAGAACUCAUCCCCUCAGCCUUCAAACCCAGCCUCACACACCACUCCCCAUCUCCUGUUAGAGCUCGUCCCACCUCCUCUCCCCUCCCACCUUCCUCCUCCUCCUCUGUCCGAGUGCCUCCUUGCUCCUCACCGUUCAGGGUUGUCCCAGCAUCUUCUCCAACCCCUGUAUCUGUCGACGGCUUCACCUCCCCAAACACAGUCUCCACAGCUCUUUCCUGUUUAUCCCCUACUCUCUCCUCUGGCAGGGUUUCCACCAUGAGAGCCCCACCUUCCUCCUCCCCCACUCCGUCCUCCUCUCUCCGCUCCUCCCCCAUCGCCUCUUCCUCUGCAUUCACCAGAUCCCUAGCUGCUUCCUGUAUAAGCCAGUCUAUCAGUCAGAGUAUGGCAAAGAAGAACACCGUCCGUCAACAAGCACCACCCAUAAACUCAGUAAACCAAAGCCCAUCUUCCACUCCUUCCUUGCCAUCCUCUCAUUUACGACGGGGUUCACCUUCUCCUAAACUCCCUAAAGAUGAAUACCAACAUCCAAGGUGUCCACCGUCCUCUCUCCCGUCUUCUUGCCCUUCUCCAUCUCUUCAGUCGCCUCCUCCCUCUCUUUUCCACCGCUCACCUUCCCCCUCUAUGAGUCUGGCCCAUCACCAGCUCACCCACUCUUCUUCUGCUUCCUCUCGUCCCUCAUUCCUACACUCCAAAGUCGACUCAUCGCAGAAUGCAAACAACAACAACAACAAUGUAAGCUUAGCUGGUUUAACCGCAGCAAUCAGCAAUGUAAAUAAUACCAGCAGUUGUAGCAUUAAUGGCACUGUCAGUAAUGGCGGUUGGUCGGGAAGUCCACAGAGGACGCAGCUAGCUAAUGGUAGUGCUAAUGCCACAGUAAUGCAGCAACCCCAUGAUCCUCUCUGGUCGGGGUCGCACAACCGUGUAGCUCGGCCUUUUUCUGCGUCUGAACCCAGCUCACGAGUUCAGUCCCCGUCUCCCUCCCCAACUCCUGCUUCCUUUACUCGCCUCUGCUCCCCACCUCCUCAACAUAAUUACUCCUCCCCUAUGGCGAACAAACCUCCCCACCCCAGGAAUACUCGGGCAGGAGGUGCAAGUUCCCAUAAUCCACUAGGCCUCACUUUAGAGCUACCCAGGGCCUCCUCAGCAAGUUCUGCAUUCACGCAGUCGUCCUCGUGUCUGAGCCCUCGUAUCCUCUCCCCACCUCCCAUUGGUGUGUCUGUGAAUGUUUGGACAAAUAACGUUGCAGCACCUCAACCUAGAAACCCCAGAUUUGUUUCUUCUUCUCCUUCAUCUCCCUUUUCUUCCUCCUUAAGCUCAUCAGCAUUGGAGAACACUUCUUUUCCUACUUCCUCCUCAUCUUCGGUCCCACUGCAUAGCUUCAGAGCUUCCUCCCCUUCUGGACCCUGUCCUCCUGCAGCCCACAUAACCUCCCAAACCCUCCGUAGGUCUUUCUCCACCAACUUGGCAGACAGACCCCCAAGCCCAGCCCGGAGCAACUCAAGUGGACUGCGCCGCUCCUGGGCGGAGAGCAGCCGAAGGUCCCUCGGUUUUGGUGGUAGUGGUCGAGGAUCCUUUGACCAGCAGGAGUCCUGUCCAACUAGUCCGAGGAGUGGCUGGUCCUCGUACAACAGCUCACCCUCCUGCCUCAGCCCCCGAGCCGGGCUUCAGUCCCCGCUCUCCCCAACCAGGCUUUCCCCAAGGAAGGGCGCCCUAGGUGGGCAGCAUUUCACCAGUGUGCCCUGGCCGGAUGUACGGGAGCUUUCAAACAAAUAUAACGGAACUGAUAGCCUUGAUAUGAGUGCGACUUCCACAAUCAUCACCUCCUCUCCUUCUCCUCUCUCCUCCCUAUCCCAUUCCUUCCUCUCCUCUCCGGCUCCGUCAGACACUCAGACAGAAUGGGGAGACCCAGAGCUGGAGGAGGGUAGUUGUCGUAGCCAGCUCAUUUGCGCCUAUGUUUCCCGGCCCUUCCGUGAUCAAAACCUCUCCUCCUCGUGCCUGACUCUGUCCUCCUCGGGCUUGACCUCCCCUCCACCUGAUCCCUACCAGCACCAGAACUACCCAUCCCAAGCCAAACUGCAACCUCAGGUCCAAAUCACCACCAAGGCACCUCCUGUGCCCUCAGUCCACUCCCCCUUGCCCUCAGGCCCAUCACCCCUACCUUUUGCCCAUUCCUCUCCUACUAAACCUGGGAACCAGAAGACCAGUUAUGCCACCACAGUGAACCUCCAGAUUGCUGGAAGCGGCCGAAUAACCUCCUUCAGCACCGCCCAAGUUAGCCUGACUCAAACCCUGCAAGGUGGAGGUGGAGCUGGACAAGGGCAGAUGGCAAGGAGAGUGAGCAUCAAUGGACUUUCACAUCUUCCCUCCCCUCUUCCUCAGAACUGUGACAGGCUUUGAAAGAAAGAGAGAGAGAGAACUCUUUUCAUGGCCUAAUGAAACAAGGGCCAAAAGACAAGGUGGUGAAAAUGAUAAUUAAAAAAGGCAUUAGAAGAGAUGUGCACUUGUGAAGUUGCUUCUUACAGCAGAGACACAAAGUAAGCAUCAGUUGUGUAACUGCUGGCUUAUAGUCAGAGGUCCAGACCUUCAGAAGUAUCCCCUGGCUGGACUUGAACCCCAUAUGAACCCCACAAAUCCACCUUUCUGCAAUGGCAAAGCAAGGCGUAUUUUGACCUGGCAAUAACAGUGUUGUCAAUUCAGUGUGAAGGGAUUCAUGUGUGAUCAGUUGACGACACAUUCGAUCUUCUGGAAAAGCUUCAUAUGCGUACAUUAAACAGAUGAUCUUACAAAAAUGGAAAUUCUACCUGCACAUGGCACGUUUGGGCUGAUGACUUUGAAUGGACCCCCAAAGAAAUUUGCUUAGAAGAUCCUAAUUUGUAAAUAGUAAAGACACAUUUCGGGGCCAGUGGAGAAUAACCACAUGGCUGUGAUCUCGUUGGACGAGCACCAAAACCCUGAAUGUCCACAGCUGGAUGUGAUGAAUGUGUAGAUGUGGCGGUCUGGAUCAGACGGUUUAUAAAAGCGAUGGAGUACAUCCUGCGCGUUGAAGGUCCAGUGUCCAACCAGUGCUGUAUGCAAUCAUAAUUACUUAAUGUAUUGUUAUUGUUUGUUCAUUUGUUUUUCCAAUUUUUUUAUAUUCUGUUGAACAAACAUCAGUUUCUGGCUUUCUGAGGUCAGUGUUUGAGAUUGGUGAUAACUGUGGUUAUUAUUAAUCUUUAUCUCUUUAACCAUUUUUAUUAUUCUUUUUAUUUUAUUGUUUAUUUAUGAACUUAGUCUUAUUCUCUUUGGCACUUAAUAUCCUUAAAGUAAUGUUGGUAUUUUGCACAGUGUCCUCAGCUCUUGGGUGCAUGCUUUGAAUGUGUGAAUGAGUGUGUUUUGUGUUUAUUUGAAAUGACGUGUCUGGUCCUUUAACUUCAGACCAAGCCGAUAUCUGUGUGUGUGUGUUUUUUUAUGCUGUGUUUGUUCUCGUAAUUAAUGUAUUCAGAUGGAUCAUUGACUUCACAUCUUCUCCUGUUGUCAGUGUCCUCCAGAAACCUUGUAUCUUGAGCUUCACUCGGUCAACCAGAAACAUAGCGUCAAGCCAAACAUGAUGAUGCAUCAUAAAGCGUCCAAACAAGACUCAGGUUUUUAAUGCAUGGAUGAGAUGAAAGGUUUUAUUUUGCAGUAGUUGCAGAAGGUAGCGCACAAAGUUAAUAUGCUUGUUUUUUUUAUCUUUUUUCCCAGACUCUUUUACAGGGGUAAUUUUUGUAUUAUGGUAUUUCAAUACCAGUUCAAAAUGUGCCUGUCAAUAGGCGCUGAUUGCUCGGCCUCCUUUGAUCCAGCCUUCAGCUUUGGAGUUGGCUGCUCCGCUCCAAUAGCAUCACAGAGGUCCAACUUUCUGAAAAGCUUCCCUCCUAAUGUGAUCUUCUUCUUCACUUCCAGUAACAUGUACGGAAACAAUGUUUGAAGCUUUCUCAAGAACCGCUCUUCCAACAAACUUCACGCUGAAUGCUUCACUUCACAGUCUGGGGUCAAUCGGAUGAGCAGUUGUCGAGAAAACAUGAACAGUUCCCUCUUUUUAAGUCUAUCUACCCCUAAAUGAUCAAACAGCUUGUCGGUCCUCACCCUCUGAUACAUCUCUGUGGAAAUAUUUUCCCUUUUGUGUUGUGACAAUGCUAUGGUGAAGGUUCGGUUAGGUUUAGGGACGUUCUUCAGUAAGGUUAGAGGACGUUUGUCGUCAUGGUUAAAAUAAUAAAACGUGGUUAGGGUUAUAGAAUGAUUGUGGGUAAGAGAAACCGUUCAAAGUGGGAAACGAACAGUCGUCUGUGUUUAAGUCUAAUAAGUUUUUAUUGACCUAUCCAUCAACCCCAACUUCGUGGCUGUAUAACAACGCUCCUGUCAUAAUUAUUAUGGCCAUUAGAGGGCCCUGUAAUGCGACCACUAGCUGUCACGUAACAAUAAAACAUAACUAGAACAUCAACCGGGUGGAAAAUGCUCCAUGAAUAUUCAUGAGAUGUGAGGUUUCUGCAGAGCGUAGGUAACUGGAGAUGACUUAAUGUUUUUGGGACCUGGUGAAAAAGGAAAAUAUUAACAAAAUCUUCAUCCGGUAACCCUAAUACAAUCAGUGAGAUGUACGAAAAAUAAAGAUGUGUGGUGUAAAA